AUGGCAGUUCAACAAAAUUCGAUGGGUUGUGUCCUGGGGCAGCAUGAUGACAUGGGGCGAAAGGAAAGAGCCAUUUACUAUUUGAGUAAGAAAUUCAACGAUUGCGAGUCGAGGUACUCAUUCCUGGAGAAAACUUACUGCGCAUUGGCCUGGACAGAAAAUCGACUCAAACACUACAUGUUGAAUCAUAAAACGUGGCUUAUCUCCCGAAUGGAUCCCAUCAAAUAUGUAUUUAAAAGCCCGUUUGUACCAGGGAGGAUAGCAAAAUGGCAGGUCAUACUCUCUCAAUAUGACAUCGUCUAUAUGACCAGGAAGGCAGUAAAAGGAAGCAUAAUUGCUGACCUCCUGGCAGAAAACCCGAUCCAAGAUUAUGAAGCCUUGGAUUUCAAAUUCCCCAAUGAGCAUGUCAAUGAGGUCAGUAGUGAGGACAAAGAAGCGGCUGAUGUAUGGGAAAUAUAUUUCGACGGAGCGGUCAAUUUGUCUGGUAAUGGGAUUGGUGCUGUGCUGAUAUCCCUUGACGGGAAGCACUUCCCGAUAGCUAUCAAGCUGAGAUGGAAGAGGGACAGACAACACAGGUGUUGCAAAUCAAAGCAAGAAGUGAGUCAGCUUAUUGUUUCAUGGUCGAAGAAGAAACCAAUGGUAAACCCUGGUAUCAUGACAUCCAGGUCUAUAUCAAAACCAGAGAAUACCCUCCAGGGGCAAGCAGAGACAAAAGAAGAAUGA